AUGAACGAGUCGCGUCUUCGCCAGGAAAUCCGCAAGCUCGUAACUGAGCAGCGACAGUUGAAUCGUCGCCUGCAGCAGCAGCGGCGGCCCCCGGGGGCGCUGUUUUCUUUCGACCGAAAGGAAGAAAGUCCCGCGACUUCGCUCCCGCAGAAAGGCGGCCCUCCAGACGCCUCGCCGCCCCAGACCGGCCUUUCUCAGGAGCCUGUCCAAGCUGCGCUCGGAAACGGUGCAGAGGUGCCUGGCGAGCGGCCGACGUACUCCUUCGAGGGCGAGGACUUCCAAGUGGAAAAACGCGCACACAAGCAGAAGCAGCAAGAGGAGCGCGUCGCCCAGAAGCUGGCGAUGAGCCAGAAGAACAUCGCAAAGAUUGCGCGACUCGAGUGGGAGGAAAGGCGACAGCAAGAGCAGCUGCGGUUGGAGGAGGUUUCCACGGAGUUGGCCAAUAAAGAAAACGAACUCAUGCGCCUGCAUCUCGUCAAGCACUACAAGAAUAUGGAAGUCUUCAUCGGCACCGAAGCUCAGCCAACCCUCUUCUGGUCGCCUGCAAAGUGGGACGAUACCACGCGGCGGCUGCAAGAGCAGACGAAAUUGUGGAUCCGAACAAAAGUUGAGCACAUCGAAGAAACCGAUUACACGUACCGGCCGCAAGGCGCCUCUGCAGGGCGUGACGAACCGGAGCGCGCAGAGUCGAAGACGGAGAGUGAAACCGCGGGCGCCGGCGAAGAACGGACUGCGGCGCACAGUGCAGAAGACGCAUCUGAACCGCAAGUUGACAAGAAUAGAGUCUCUGAAGAUUCUGAUGAGGCAAGGGACAAAUCGUCCGAGAAGAAAAGCUAG